AAACAACAUGUGUCUCAGUGCCUUGCUACUCAUCUGUCUCUCCCAGGCAGAGUUGGGGAGAGUUUGGGCUCAAGAACAAACAGGGAUGAUGGUCGGAUAUGUGUUUAUCGUCGAAGGAAUGAGCGUUACACCGAGGCCUGUACUCUGGAGCGGGAUCGAUUUGGAGGUGGAGGGUCCGUCAUGGUCUGGGGCGGUGGGUCACAGCAUCAUCGGAUUGAGCUUGUUGUCAUUGCAGGCAAUCUCAAUGCUGUGCGUUAUAGGGAAGACAUCCUCCUCCCUCAUGUGAUACCCUUCCUGCAUGCUCAUCCUGACAUGACCCUCCAGCAUGACAAUGCCACCAGCCAUACUUUUAACGGAUGUCGUCUGGAGAUAGAGAGGAGGACCAAGGUGCAGCGUGAGAUGCGGUAUCAUGUGAAUGGACAGCAGCAUGAGAAGCCAUCACACAGGACUCCCAGAGAGCCGUGGCAGGGUUACGCCAGGGUGGCCAGGGAAGUACUGGGAGGAGGACUGACCAUUGACACCCUACCAGACAACAUGACACACUUAGUGAAGGACUCUGGUAGGUAUUACUCGUGGCGUAGUUUUGGCCCUGAUGACCAGCGCACAGAUGAACUCUGGGUAGAUCUAAACGACCUAGAGCAUGGCCAAGUCAGAAUGCAUGGCAUUUUGUCCAACACACACAAACAGGCUGCGAAGGUCGCCCUCUCAUUUGACUUCCCCUUCUAUGGACAUUAUUUGAGGCAGAUUACCAUAGCAACAGGAGGGUUUAUUUUCAUGGGAGAGGUCACACACCGCAUGCUGACAGCAACACAGUACAUCGCCCCCCUCAUGGCCAACUUUGACCCCAGCUUCUCCAAGGAGUCUAUUGUGCAGUACCUGGACAAUGGUGAGGUGUUUGUGGUGCAGUGGGAGCGGGUGAGACUCCACGGGAGGGAAGCAGAGGGGGCAUACACCUUCCAGGCUGCCCUGCACCUCACGGGGACCAUCACCUUCAGCUACAGAGAUAUACCUUUGCCAGUGGAGGUGAUAAGUUCUGCUGAGCACCAAGUGAAGGCAGGGUUGUCAGAUGCAUUCAUGGUAAACCUGCAAUCCCCUCAAUCCUCAGAUGCCCAACGUCGGCUCUACGAGUACCAUCGGUUGGACAUCGAUACAACUAAGAUCACCAACAACUCUGCCUUUGAGUUCACUGCAUUGCCUACCUGUCUGCAGCAUGACAGCUGUGAACUCUGCUUCUCGUCCAACCUAACCUCUGGCUGUACCUGGUGCAACAUCCUCCAGAGGUGCUCAGACGGAAUGGACAGACACCGGCAGGAGUGGCUGGACUACGCCUGUUCAGAAGAGGCCAAAGAUGUUACAUGUGAGGAUUAUUCCAUGGGGAGACCAGGCAGCUCCAUUGACCCUUCAGUUCCCUCAGACUCUGAGGUCACCACUCCCCUUGGGCCCCUACUAGAAGGCCCUGCCACGGAGAACGUGAAGACAGGCCCCCCGAGACAACACGAUGGGUCAGCUCACACAGGAGUUCUAGCAGGUGUAGUAGCUGCAUUGGUGCUACUGCUGGCUCUGACUCUGCUGGCUCUUUACGUCAACUCUCCUCCUUCUGCUGCUUCACCCCUCUACUUCUUACAGCGACGCAACAGCUACUGGCCAUCCAUGACGUUCAGGAAGCAGGGAUUCCACUCCAGCUACGCAGAGGUGGAGGUCGAAGGUCAUGAGAAGGAGGGAAUCAUGGAAGCUGGCCAGUGCUGACCGGACUGAGGAGCAACUGGAUGAUGAGGAGAUAAAAAUGAGUUUGUAGGAGAGGAUGGAGUGAGCUUAGAGCUACACACACAUCCCUUACUCCAUUACACAAAUAAUGUUUUUCUGUUCAUUCAUUUUUCAAUAAUCACCUCAAUAUA